UGCAAUAUGGCCUCCGGUGGAUGGAAAGUACAGUUUUGGAAGCCAGGUGCCGAGGCCCCUGGCUCUUCAAUUCAGUUAGAACGUACAGGGAAGGAGGGGGAAGGGGCAGGCUUGGUUGCUUUCAGCCCUGGCGUAACGUCUUCUAUCGCAAGACAGAGGCAAAGGUUACCUGUGUAUAAACAUCGUACCAACAUCUUGUACCUGGUCGAAAAAUAUCAGACGGUCAUCAUUGUUGGUGAAACUGGCUGUGGAAAAUCAACUCAGAUCCCACAGUAUUUACAUGAAAGUGGUUUGGCCGCAAACGGUAAAGUGAUUGGCGUCACUCAACCCAGACGCGUGGCCGCAACAACGGUCGCUAUGCGUGUAGCUGAGGAAAAGGGAAGUAUGAUUGGUCAAGAGGUUGGUUAUCGGAUUCGUUUCGACGACUGCACAGACCCACAAAGAACAGCCAUCAAGUUUGUCACUGACGGGAUGUUGAUACGAGAAAUGAUGGCAGACCCGUUGUUGUCCAAGUACAGUGUGGUAAUGUUAGAUGAAGUACACGAACGGACGCUGUACACUGACGUCAUACUUGGUUUGUUAAAAAAGAUUCAAAAGAAGAGAGGGGACCUGAAGCUCAUCGUGGCGUCUGCUACCAUGGACGCGGAGAUGUUUCAAGAUUUCUUCAACACGAACAUCACGAAGGACAGAAGCAAAGAUACGGCGGCAAUUCUAUCCGUGGAAGGCAGGACGUUCCCGACUGAUAUCUAUUACGCUUUAAGUCCCGUGCCAGACUAUAUCAAAGCAAGCGUGGACGCCGUCAUUGGAAUUCACGUGGAAGAAGAUCCUGGGGACAUCUUGGUCUUCUUAACUGGACAGGAUGAAGUUGAAAACGCAGUCUCCAUGAUAAUUGAAAGAGCACGGGCUCUGCCAAAAGGACAUGGAUUUUUAAAAGUUUUACCAAUAUACAGCGGACUGCCGUUUUCAGAGCAGAUGCGAAUCUUCGAACGCUCGUCAGCAAAGGAACGCAAAGUAGUUGUGGCGACAAAUAUCGCUGAAACCUCUAUCACGAUUGAUGGUAUUGUUUAUGUUGUUGACUGUGGUUUUGUAAAGAUCAAAGCAUAUUCAGCCGAGACUGGACUCGAAUCGCUGGUCGUUGUCCCAGUAUCACAAGCAUCCGCUGACCAGAGAGCGGGGAGGGCGGGUCGCGUUCGAUCAGGAAAAACGUACAGAUUAUAUACGGAGGAUGAUUUUCAUAAUCUUUCUCCAUCGACGGUUCCGGAGAUGCAGAGAACAAAUCUUGCGCCGGUCAUUCUUCAACUCAAAUCAAUGGGGAUUGAUAAUGUCUUGCGGUUCGACUUCCUGGCGAGGCCUCCAGCAGAGCACAUGAUAAGAGCCCUGGAACUACUCUAUGCUUUGGAAGCGUUGGACGAUGAUGGUCGUUUGACCAGCCCGUGCGGCGUCAAUAUGGCUGAGUUUCCACUGGAACCGAUGCUGGCUAAAAUGCUCUUAGAAUCAGGUGAAUUUGGAUGUUCUGAAGAGAUCCUAUCCAUCGCCGCCAUGCUUCAGAUUAAGAAUGUCUUCGUCACCCCAUCGAACGAGAAGAAAGCCGCAGCCAGAGCGAAACUUAGGUUUUCUGUAUACGAAGGAGACCAUUUGACUUUGUUGAAUGUUUAUCAAAGUUUCCUAAAGUUCAAGAAAAGUUCCAAAUGGUGCCAUGAGAAUUUCUUAAACUACAAAGGACUCUGUCAUGCUGUGAGAAUUCGAGAACAACUCAAAAAUCUUGUAAAAUCGUUUGGCGUUGCGAUUCAGUCGGCGGAUGACGACCCGACGCCAAUCCGUCGCUGCAUCGUGAAGGGGUUCUUCGCUAAUGCAGCCAGAUUACAUCCGGAUGGAGUAUUCAGGAGCGUCCGUGAGAACCAUGCUCUUCAUAUUCACCCAACCUCUGUCCUUUACACUGAAAAGCCACCAGAAUGGGUUGUUUACCACGAGAUAUUACAAACAUCGAAAGAAUACAUGAGAGAUGUCACAGUUAUUGAUUCAUCUUGGUUGUACGAACUUGCUCCACAUUACUAUGAGUAUGGCACGGCGAGAGAGUUGGCUGCCAAAAGAGCAAAACUCUCAGAUUAAGAAAGGCAGCAGAAAAGAAGUGAAAACUGUCCAGAGCCUGUCUCACUUAUGACCGAUCUAACAUUGACACCAAUCCAAGAUUUCCGCAUCAAACAAGAAAUUCCAUUCAGUUGAGGAAAGUCAAGGAGAGACGAAGAGACCUUUUAGAAUCGAAAUUCGAAAACAUCCACCUUUGUAAAUAGAAACUUUACCAUUAAAAAAUGCAAACACCAAAACCCUAGUCCAUUCAU